UCAUCCUGCACUCUGCUGGAGAUCAGAGGCGAUCAGAAUAUGCCCUUAAACUACCCAUAUUUGACAUUGAAAGUGAGUAGAACCCGUUAGGCUGCUGCCGUGGGAUCGGACUGAGUUAGGAGUGAGCAUGUCUUUGAGCACAGCUUCUCCCCGGAAGUCAUUCAGUGUCCCUGUUAACAUCAACCUGCAGGGCGCUCGCAGGUGGCAAACACGACCCAGAGAGCUCCUCCACCCAGUAGCAGUGCAGGAACAGGAGUGGACCAGGGGUGUGGAUGGACGAGGAGGGCAGCGACUUCAAACCCAAAUGCCAGUAUCCAGCAUUGGGGAGGACAGAGCCAUCCUGCUGGGCUUCACCAUGAUGGCCUUUGCUGUGCUUAUGUUCUUUGUGGUUGGCAUCACUGUGGUCAAACCCUACAUCAACAGUAACUGGGAGGAGGAAGGCGGCUGUGUGCUGCUGCAGACUGACAUGCAGGACGAGUGGGUGGACUGCAGAGGAGUGAGCACCGUGCCGUGCCUCAGGGUGAAAGUGAACGUCACAGGCUCAGAGCAGACGGCUUUUCUCCACUUUGAUGAGGAGUCUGUUCUCCUCACUCCUGAGUGUUUCUACACACCCAAAUGUCAGAUGGAAAAGGCAGAACUGCAGCAAGAAGUCCUGAUCGUGAAAAAGAACUUGGACUCUAAGCUGGGCAGCCGUGUGUCCUGCUUCACGGACCGCGAGAAGCACCCAGAGGACGCCAUCCUGAGCAGGAAGUACACCCUGAAGAUGACGCAGUCUGCCUUGCUGUGGCCCUGCCUGAUGCUGGGCAGUGGAGCUCUGCUGGUGGGCCUGGUGAAGCUGACGCAGUGUCUCGCCUGUCUGUCUGCAGAGGUGUGCAGUGAGACCACAGGACUUAAACUCACCACCGUGCACGCGCACGGCAAAUUGUACAAACUGCUCCGCACAUCCAGCCUGCACUCCCCCUCCUAACUAACAAC